UCCAAGGUCUUUAUUCUGGGGUACUGGAAAAGAGCCAGAACUUUGGAGUCGGGUUGCCUGGUGGAUUUUGGCCUGUGCUAUUUUGUGACUUACUCCCAGUCCCUUAACUUUCUAUAUUUUGCUAUUUUAGGGAAUAAUGAUAUCGCCUAACUUACUGGAUUGCUGUGAGGAGUAAAAGGCUUCAUUUGUGCAAGGUGCUUAAAAUAGUACCAGGCACGGGGUAAUCGGCAGUGUAAAGAUUGCUUUUAUUAUUGCUGUCUCUCUUUCUAACUAGGACAGCACUUUCGCCUCGGUGACUAGCCUUGGUUCUGGCUAUUGCCUUUUGAAUUUUAGUGCUAUUUACCAGUUCUCUUUAUAAUGGGUAAUUUCUGUAUUUUAGGAAGGAAAAUAAAACAUUCUGGAGAAGAGCCUAUCCCAAAGGAAAGAUGAGAAGUGGUUUGUGUAGUGUGUUGUGAUGCUCAGACUCACAGAGUUUUACAGUCUUGGGGAUGCCAUUUUUUUAGGGGGAGGAGGAGCUUGAGAAACAGAAGGAGCAGCAGGAGGUAUCUAACAGUGAAGAGACUAAGGACCCUGGUGUAAGCUGACAUUCCUGUUUUGCGACCUGUCAGCUUUCUGGCCCUCAGCAAGAAUCCUCACCUGCUUAAGGAUCCCAUGGAUGGAUGAUCGAUAUGACUGAUAGUUAGAUAGAUUGGUGACAGAUUAGAGAGAUAGAUUUGAAACUGAGUCGUACUAACACUUCAUUCUUGUUGCAGGUUUUUAAGGCUAAUGUUGACCAUAUAUCGUUUACCAUUGCCAUUGAAUCGAUGUCUCUUGCAAUCUUUUAUAAUUCUUUUAUCUGCCUCUUUUUCUUGGAGAAUUUGGGGUUUUUAACAUUCUUGGAACCUACAGGGAUCCCUGUAGCAUUCUUUUCUCUAUUUGUAACUUAACAAAAAAAACUAAAAACCUUGUCUUUGGUUUACUUAUUUGGCAAACUCUCCCACUUUGUAAACAGUCAUGAUCCUGUACCUUUGAACUCUGCCCAGUUGGGCUGAGACUUCAGAAAGGACAGGCGAUGAAACGUGAGUGACUGAAAAUGAUUUUUAGGAAUAUAUCAGUGUUCCUUUUUCUCCCUACAGCCUCUCCCAACACCCUUUCGAUAUCGGGUUUACUCUUACCUCCCUUGACCCCAACAAAAUGUUUUGGACUGUAUUUAGGAAAGAAAAGAUAGGAUUUUGUUUAAUGUGUAGUAUUAUAUUGAAAAAGGUUUAAAUGUCAGUCGGCAAAACAUUUCAACUUGACUGCAGCAGUCAGCCCAUCAUUCAGCAGUUUUACUUAAUUUCAUUUCAUUCGCGUUUUUCCUGGCUUUCCCGUUUCCUUCACUUUCCUCCUCUUGCCAUCUGCCCUUCCCUGCCUCCCUUUUCCUUUUUCUCCUCUCCCUCUCAUCUUCCUUUCAUUCAUUUUACAGCAGACUGGAGGUCAAGACAUCAUAGCCAUCUGCAAGUAUGUCCGUACUAAGAUAGGAACUUUAAUUUAGCCACACUGUCACAAUAAACAGAAUUGACAGCAUUUCCUUAACACUGUGUUCAUGUUUUCCUGAUUGACCCACAAAUAUCUUUUUACAGUUUGCGGAUAUUGUUUAAACUACGUAGUUUGUACUGAAUUCCUGUCUCAUCUAAUCUAUGCUAGUCUGCCUUCCCUUUGCUUCCUCUUUAAAAUACUAUUUAUGGGAAAAGGGUUUUUAAUAUCGUCACAUCAAUUGCUUUAUUCUACUGAUACUUAAAAAAAAAUCUCAUCUCUUUAGCUUCUUAGUUCUCACCCUUGGCUGUACAUUGGAUCACACAGUAAGUUCUCAAAUACUGAGGCCUAUAGUUCACCCCCAGAAGCUGGUUCAGUUGACCUUAUCUGCCCAACUAUCAUAGGCUUUAAAAGCUUUCCAGUGAGUCUGUUGUGUAGCAAAGCCUUAAUAAUUUUAAUUUGCUCUUGUGUUUUUACCUGGACUUGAGUUCUUGGAUCUAAAGUAUGAUUAAAUUAGGUUUACUUGAGAAAAAGUUAGAGUAUCCCAGAUCUCUUGUGACAGCUAAUUAUGAGGAAGAUUUUUGGUUUUUGGGUUUUUUUCUUUUCUUUUUUUUUUUUUUUUUGGUUUGGUUUGUUUUUUCUAACAGUUGAUGUGAUGUUCAUCCAGAUGUGAUGGUUCACACCAGUAAUCUCAGCUCUUGGCAAGUUGAGUCAGGAAGAUUGCCCUGAGUUCAAGGACACCAUGGCCUACUUGGUAAACCCAGGGCCAUCCUGAACUGGAGUGAGACCCUGUCUUAUAAAACCAAAAGAAAAAGCACAAUUAAGUCAAGGUUCCUUAGCUCCAUCUGUCAUCUGUGCUGUCCCUGAACUGUAGGAAACUGAAGUGAGAGGUAGGACUUGAAAUGGGCACAGACUUGGAAAUUCCUUGCCUUAGCUGCUCCCCCAGUCUUCCUCACUCUGGUCUUCCUCCAGCGGGUGAAGAAGAGCGCUCUGACAGUACUCACUGAACUUUCAGGCAGUUCUUGCCUAGUCCCUCCCAUUCCUUCUAGUCAGAGGAAUCAGAUCUUCCAUCCCUUUUAGGAAUCCCAGGUCUCACAGUUUCUGAGAAGCUGUGAAAAAGAACCUGAGGCACUGACUGGUUAACAAGUGACAUUUCCAAGGUCUGAUAGUGGGCAGAGGAAGGGCCUCCAUAAAUGUUGUCUUAUUCUAGUGCUCAUAUUCUAACUCAGGUGGGGUACUCACCCAGUCUUCUUUGACAUGGUUUAUGCCAACUUCAUCUCCCUUGAGAAGCCCAUUGGACAGCCAUUAAUGCCUAUUUAACAGAGAUGUGAGAUUACACAGUGAAGGAAAAGCAGGGGUGCCUCCCUUUGCUCAAUCUGCAUGUGUCGCAGCUCUUCGGCACAUCUGCCCAUCCAUCUGCUAUCUGUUGUUCAACCCUGGGAAACAGCCACGCCUGCUGGUAUGCUACGGGGGCAGCCUGUGUCCUUACCUCCUUAACCUCCUCUGGUUUCUAAGUUUCCUGUAAGCUUAGAACAUGGAGAUGAAUCAGCACAUUUUCUAGUUUUGAAGUCUACAGUGUGUGUGUGGUAUGUUUGUGUUCAAAUGUUUGUGUGCUUGUACAUACUAGUACAUGCACACAUGUGCACAUGGAAGCCAGAGAUCAGUAUUGAAUGUCUUCCUCUAUUGCUCUCCACCUUUAUCUUUAUCUAUUUAUGUUUCUGAGACAGGUCUCUCACUAAACCUAAAGCUCACCAGUUGGGCAAGAGUUGGCCAUCCAAUCUAGGGAUACUCUGUUCUGUACAUUCCCACUGCUAGAAUUACAGGUCCACUGAAACUUGGCUGCCCUACUCUCAAUUUCUCUCUCCAGGGAUAUGAGGUGUCAGACCCAUUUCCAGAACAUUCUUUGGAGAACUUAUUGUAAGGUUCAGAUUUCCUAAUUACUCUAGCAAAAUACCUAGCAAUAUAACUUAAAGAAGGGUUUAUUUGAAGAUACUGUCUACCAUAGAGGGGAAAUCAGAGUUGAAGGUUGGUGUGGUGGGUCACAUUCUGUCAUCAGGAAGCAGAGAGAGAGAGAUGGAUGUCAGUGCUCUACUUUCUACUUUUUAUUCAGUCUAGGAUCUUAGCCCAUGGAAUGGUACUGCCUAUAUACACAGUAGGUCUUCUUACUUCAGUUAAAGCUCACUACAAAUGCCCUCAGAGUUUCAUAAGUGAUCCUAAACCCUAUCACCUUAACAAGAUUAACUUGUCAUAAUUAAAUGCAUCACUUAAAUCAGAACAUAUUAACCCUGGCCCCCACAGUUACAUUCAUCUCAUAAUGUAAAAUGUGUUUUAGUCUAUUUCUAACUAUCCAUAUAGUAUUUAACAGUUCCAACACUAUUCAGAAUGUAAGCGCAGAGUUUUUUUUUUUUUCUGAAACUCAGGCAGUCUCUUUAACUGUGAGUUCCUGUAAAAUAAUAUAAGUAAUGUACUUCUUAUGUACAUGGGCUCAAAGUAAAUAUUCCUAUUCCAAACAUGAGGAACGGGAACAUAGCAGGGCAAGAUUGGACUAAAGCAAGACUAGGAGGAAAAUAUCAAAUCCUGCAUGCCUCAGGCUCAUGAUGCAGUCAUCUGGGCUUAACAGCUCUGGACAGCUCUACCUCCCCAGCUCUGUUGUCUACAGCACAUGACCUCUCGUUCCAGCUCCACUCUGUGCCUUGGCUUUCCUCAGCGGAUGUCCCAUGAUCCUAGCAUCUUUUAUAUUUUGGAAUCUCCAUUGCAAUGUAGGUUUUAUAUUUCCAGCUUCAUGCAAUGACCUUCUUAUGGGGAAUCUGACCCCACCACACAGCCUAGUUGGAGGGUCUUUCUGGAAUUGUGCAAGUCUCCUUGAUUACUUUUAUGUCUUUCAUGCUUCCAAAGCCAUUACUACUUGGAUGAUUCUUUCAAGUAUUGCUUGUUUGAAAUGUAGCUUGAUUCCUUUAUACUACUGUUAUAGUGGUAUCUGCCUACCUUUGAGGCUGACUCAGGGCACAUGCUUCCAUAGGCUGCCAUUUUGAAUCAGUAAACUCUUGUGGUGAUGUUUUCAGCUUCGCUUCUCCCUUUUACAUGAAUUUUACAAGUUAGGGUUUUGAAUGGAUGUGUGGGGUCUUGCCUUCAGAGAGCUUUUCCUAUUUCCCAGAUGUAGAACACAAGAUUUAUCUUUCACAAUGCUAGUGUAAUAGCUACAGAAGCUUUAUCUGCCUGCACCCUCAUUGUUUCAUUACACUGGACACUCGCCUUUCCUGAACAAACCACAGUUUCAUAUAUUUUUGGUUUCUCUACUUACUGACUUGAAUAAGUGAGCACUAGUCAUGCCAUAGCCUGCAUGCUAUCCUGGUUGGAAUUUCUUCUGCCAAAUAAAUUAGUCUGCUAAUUUUUUAUUUCAGUCUUAUGGUAUGGACUGAAUACAGCCAGAUUCUUUGUCAGGAUGUAAACAUUAAGAGAUUGCAUUCCUGUUCCUGAAAGGGUCUGUAUUCCACUCCGAAACUCCGUCAGCUAGGCUUCCACUGCUCACGUUCCUGGCAUUCUGGAAUUCCACACUCUCACCAGAAUGGCCUAUUAAACUUUAGUUAUGUCCAUUUAGCGCUUGGGUAAGAAACACGUGGUCAAGUUUAUCACAGCAGCGGCUCCUCUUCUCAGGUCUAGUUAAGUUAGGUACUUCCUUAUUGCUGUGACAAACUACCCGACAGAAGCAAGCUGAGGAAGGGUUUCCUUUGACAGUUUGAGGGUAUAGUCCAACAAGGAGGCAGCUACUCAUCUGUCUGUAGUGAGGAAGCAGACAAAUAUUGCUGUUCCACAUGUUGGCUCCUUUCUGUGUGAGGCCGGAGCACGUGGCAUGAUGCCACCCGCAGUCACGUGGAUCUUCUGACCUAUGUUUAACCUCUUCAGACAAACCUAGUUGAUUCUAAGUCCCCCCAAAUGGAAACCUACAGAGUAGUCUCUUGCAGAAAUACAGCUCACAGCUGCAGUGAAACAGGAGAACUACUUGGCUCGGGAUGGCUAGAGAAUCAAGGGAAAGCACAGCCCUGGACUCACACUCUGCAGAGGACCAGAUGGAGUUGCUGGUCAUAAAGGUGGAACAGGAAGAGGCCUCGCCCUUGGCAGAGGAGGCCAGUUGGCUGGGCAGCCCUGGGCCAGACCGCUCCCGCCAGCGCUUCCGCGCUUUCCGCUACCCAGAGGCUGCUGGACCCCGGCAGGCGCUGAGCCGGCUCCGAGAGCUCUGCAGACAGUGGCUGCGGCCAGAUAUGCACAGCAAAGAGCAAAUUCUGGAGCUGCUGGUGCUGGAGCAGUUCCUGACCAUCCUGCCAGGGGAGCUACAGGCCUGGGUGCGCGAGCAGCACCCCGACAGCGGGGAGGAGGUGGUGGCGCUGUUGGAGUACUUGGAGAGGCAGCUGGACGAGACGCCUCCACAGGUUCCAGAUGAUGACGAUGGGCAGGAAAUCCUUUGUUCCAAGGCAGUACUGUUGACAUCAGCUCAGGGCUCAGAGAGUAGCCAGAUGGAGCCCAUGGAGCCUCUGCUUAAGCAGGAGUCUUUGGGAUCCCUGCCCUCAGAAGUCAGAGUCACCCAGGGGGUCCACUGUGGAGAAGAUGGAGUGGCAGCUCCCAGGCUCACUUCCGAGUUACAGGGGUUGCUAAAAAUGGAAGAUGUAGCUCCAGCCCUUUCUCCCAGAUGGACAGAACAGGAUUCAUCUCAGAUGAACCUCUACAAAGACGACAUACAGGAAAACCCUGGCAGCCUGGUUUCCCUGGAUCAGGACAUGCAGACUAAGAUUAGGGACUUACCUCCAGCUGAGGAGUACACAGAACAAAAGCCUGAGCAGACACUGUGCUACUUGGGUGAAGACACUGUCCAGAUUCCUGCAGGUACAGAAGCCAGUGAGCAGGAAGGCAAGUUACAGACAACACAGAAAACUGCCACUGGAAAUAGGCGGUUCUAUUGCCGUGAAUGUGGAAAGAGUUUUGCUCAGAGUUCAGGCUUAAGUAAACACAAAAGAAUCCACACUGGAUUGAAACCCUAUGAAUGUGAGGAGUGUGGCAAAGCCUUCAUUGGGAGCUCAGCUCUCAUCAUUCACCAGCGGGUGCACACUGGGGAGAAGCCAUAUGAGUGUGAAGAAUGCGGCAAGGCCUUCAGUCACAGCUCAGAUCUCAUCAAGCACCAGCGAACCCACACUGGGGAAAAGCCCUACGAGUGUGAUGACUGUGGGAAGACCUUCACCCAGAGCUGCAGCCUCCUUGAGCAUCACAGAAUUCACACUGGGGAGAAGCCAUACCAGUGCAAUAUGUGUCCCAAAGCCUUUAGGCGUAGCUCACAUCUCCUGAGACACCAGAGGACCCAUACUGGGGAUAAAGAUUUUUUUGUUCCAGAACCUUACUGGGAAAGUCAUAGUAGGGUGGAAAGCCAUUGGGAAAAUAUUGAAACUCCUGUGUCUUAUCAAUGCAAUGAUUGUGCGAGAAGUUUCAGUAGGAUUACAAGCCUUAUUGAACACCAAAAAGUACACACUGGUGAAAAACCCUUUGAGUGCAAAACAUGUGGAAAAGGCUUCACCCGACCUUCAUACCUUAUUCAACAUCAGAGAAGACACACAGGGAAGAAACCUGUCACAGUGACCCCCGCCGUACAUUCCGAAGUUGGUGUUCAACUGUCAUUGAACUGAAGUCACCCUUGAGCCCUUAUGACUGCAGAAGUCAUAGCUGGGGGCUCUAUCUAAUAAUGCACAUCCUUAGAUAUUAGGGAUCUGGCUGAGACUCAUUAUCUUCUACAUGCUAGAAGGUAACCAGAGGGAAACAAAAAACUUACUGCAUAGGAGGUUAUGAGAAAGAGUUGUCUGUAAGAGUUCUCACCCAUUAGAAUCAAAUGGGCUUCCUGACUGGCAAAUUGCCUUCCCUUGGCCUGCAUCUCAGGUCUCCUGAGGGACACUUAUGCUUUGGGGGUGUUACUCUGACACUUUGUUAGGCUAAUGGGCCCUUCACAAGUGGUCAGACUUGGAAAUCAUAUGUCCUGCUUUGUGCCUUGUAUACAGGUGCUAACUCAUAGAGACUUAUUAAAUAUACUGGGGAGGUUUCCUGCAUAGCUCUGAAAACCCAUUAUUGUCUGGAAAAUUUCACCAAGGCCAUUUGUAUAUCUUAAAAAACAAACAACAGGAUGUUUUAGAUUGAGUCAAUGUAGUACUGCCUUGUUUUUAUUUUUGCUUUUGUUUUUUGCCAAGUUCCCUGACUUGGCAGGGGAGGGGUGAGGGUGAGGUUACUAUGCUAGAACCCUUUAAUUCUUUACCUAAUUUAGGAAUUCUGUGAGAGUGCCUUAAACAGCUUCUUUAGCAUUAAGUCAUUGUGAAUGUGCCACCCAUAGAAUUCCAGUAAUAUUUUUUUUCUGUUAAUUUUGUUACUCUUGGGAGAAAGAAAAAAAAAAAACCCUUUCCUACUCAUGUAGUGUGAAAACCAGUUCCAGAAUAAAGUGAUCAAUGUCUAA